UUUUUUUUUAUGACAGCGCGUCACACUCGUGUGUAUUUUGGGGAAGUGGUGGUGUGUGUGUGUGUAUGAGUGUGGAUGUGUGUGUGUGGAGAAGGAGCUUUCAGCUCGCCUGCUGUCUGAUUCUGUAAGACAGCUGAUGGGGAAGGAGAGAGCACCGCUUCACUGCGGGUUUCUAUGUAAAUGAAAGCGCUGGACUGCGGCUGCACACCGGCGGAACCGGCGCCAAUGCGCGCGCGACGCGCUCCCUUUUCCAGGCAACAACAACAACAACAACAACAACAAGAGCUACAAAGUGUAAAACAUUUCUGCUUGUUUGCACGUCAGGGAUGGACUGAGACGCGCUGAAGGUGGACGUGAUCAGCUCGAGCAGGUCAGUGAGCUAUUUCCGGCGUGUGCGCGUUUGGAUAAAUGAUAGGAGAUACGAUGACCCUGCUGUCUCUUCUGGGUCGGAUCAUGCGCUAUUUCCUACUGCGACCGGAGACGUUGUUUCUGCUGUGCCUGAGCCUGGCUUUAUGGAGCUAUUUCUUCCACACCGAUGAGGUGAAGACGAUUGUGAAGUCGAGCCGCGACGCCGUGAAAAUGGUCAAGGGCAAAGUGGCCGAGAUCAUGCAGCACGACCGGUUCGGCCUGGACUUGUCCGAGGCGGAGUUCUCCAAGAGCUGGGAGCUGAAGAGCCCCGGAGCCGCCGUGUACGCCAUCCAGGGACGCCGAGAUCACAUGGAGGACCGCUUCGCCGUGCUCACCGACCCGGUCAACCGGAGCCACCCGUCUAUCUUCGGGAUUUUCGAUGGGCAUGGUGGAGAGGCAGCAGCAGAAUACGUGAAAACUCGCCUGCCCGAGGUCCUGAAGCAGCACCUACAGAAUUAUGAGAAAGAGAAGGAGAACAGUCUUUUGUCUUACCAAUCCAUCCUGGAGCAGCAGAUCCUCAAUGUGGACAAGGAGAUGCUGGAGAAGCUCUCUGCCACCUAUGAUGAAGCAGGAACAACAUGCCUGGUGGCGAUGUUGUCUGAAAAGGAACUGACAGUAGGUAACGUGGGCGAUUCCAGAGGAGUUUUGUGUGAUAAAGACGGUAAUGCCAUCCCCCUGUCAUAUGACCACAAGCCCUACCAACUCAAAGAGCGCAAGAGGAUCAAGAAAGCAGGUGGCUUCAUUAGCUUCAACGGCUCAUGGCGCGUGCAGGGAAUCCUGGCCAUGUCUCGAUCUCUGGGCGACUACCCACUUAAGAAGCUAAACGUGGUGAUCCCCGAACCUGACGUGGUGACCUUUGACCUGGACAAACUGCAGCCCGAGUUCAUGAUCCUGGCAUCGGAUGGCCUGUGGGACGCCUUCAGUAACGAGGAGGCCGUGCGUUUCAUCCGCGAGCGCCUCGAUGAGCCACAUUUCGGCGCCAAGAGCAUCGUGCUGCAGGCGUUUUAUCGUGGCUGCCCAGACAACAUCACAGUCAUGGUGGUUAAAUUUAAAAAGAGUGGCACCAAAGUGGCUGAGCAGUGAACCACGGCUAAUAUGAACUAAUAAUAUAUUCAGCAUUAUCAGUAUGAAUACCAAUCUAUUUGAAUAUAUUAUUGGCUCAUAUUAAUAUAUGUGUAAGGAUGCAAAUGGAAAACCGUUUCAUGACUAUUUUUGGAGCAAGAACUGUUUGUUACAAUAAUGUCAAAUUAAAGUAAACUCACGUCAUCCCAUUAUGUCAUUUUCCUGAAUCCUUUGUUUCAAAUAGCACAUGAUGGAGAGAAAAUGUAUGAGAAGCCACAGCUUGUGUAAUGGAGUAACAGAGGUCACUUUCCUUUUCAAAUUUUAGCUUAAUAUUCAUUUAUUCAUGUUAAAGAGUAUUAUUCAGUAAUUACUAUGGAUGGUAAAAUGGGUACAUAGAUAUGAAAGUGAAGAAUGUAAGUCAGGGGUGUGGGAUAUUAAGUGGAUUUAUUAUAAAAAAAAUCGCCAAGAUGAUUAUGGUGCUUCAGGAAUUCAAAUGAAAUAAAAUGCUUUCCUUUGUAGAUGAAAACUAAAGCACAUGUAGCCUCCAGUAGAAUUCGUUCAAUGUCAGUAAUUUCUUAAGGCAAGACACCACAGGUCACAUCAGCCAUUUUUCAGAUUUCUGUAUAAAUUGCGUCUAUAACAUAUCUUCUCAUAAACUGUAAUGUGUGUGUGUGUGUGUGUGUGUGUGUGUGUGUGUGUGUGUGUAUAAUAUAUAUACACACACACACACACACACACACACACACACACAUACGCAUAUAUACAUACAGAGAUGUUUAAUUCACUGUUUCUGUCUACUCAGUUUUUGACCAUUGCUUUAUCUGAAUAUCUGACGUUUUCUUUAUAAACCUCAUAAACCACAUUGUAUUUUUUCUCAAAAUAGUUUUUUCCUCAGUGUCUAGAUGACUUGCAUUCAUGAAAAUGUACAUGUUCAUCGCUAUCCCUAAUUAGAUGCUUAUUACAGAGGAAAGUCUAAAAUAUUUGAUUAUCGUUGGAUUUACAUUAGAUUUUAUACUGAAAAAUGGCAUAAAAUAUUUUUUAUAGUAUUUAUGCAUGGAGUUUUCUUGAUUAAACAAUACAAAAAAUGGUUUUCUAACAAACUUUUCUGUAAAAAAUCUUUCUUUUCGGAGUGUCUUUACUGUGAAAUAAUAACAUUUUAAUUAUAACGUCAAAAGGCUACGAUUUUGAUAAAGUUCCAAUACAAAAAAUACUUCAGCAAUAGAAUAUCAGCAACUGGCAAAGAUUGUAAUAUCUGUUGUUUAUUUCACUUGUAGUGUCUUGCCUUAAAUCCUUGUGGAUCAUACUUAUGUAUUUGUAUUCACUGUAACUGAAAUUGAGCUGAUAUGAUGCCUUUUGGGAACUCGAAAUACUUAGACUAAUGGAAUAACUAUAUAGUACAACAUUCAUUUAAAUAUGCUAUGGAGAUUUUUUUUUCCUAUUAUGACUUUUGUCCAUUCGUUCUUUUAGAGUUAAUACGAAACAGGAUUCAGAUUUUAAGGGAAGGUGUGCUUUUGCACAUGGUUAGUGUUCACUUAAUUUAGUAUAGUUUUAAAUGUAUACACUGAGGCAAUGUACAAAAUUGUGACUUGUAUAUAUCUAGUAAAAGAGAUAGUGAUUGUAAAUGUUCCAAUCAUUAGUUCCUGUUAUACUACAGCACUGCUGAGUUCUCGAAUCUGAUUGGUCAAAAGGUGUUGAUUAAUUUUCUAUAACAUGAGCUCCAGCUGUAAUUCAAGUCACAGGUUUAUAUUAAUAUGCUUGAUCUGAUCUUCUAUAGUAACAGCUAAUUCAUAAGGACUUGUAUGGUGGACGUAUAAUCGAAGGCUAAUAAUAAACAGAUUUCUAAGGGGUUUGGUAUUUAACAUACAAAAACGUGAUAUGGUGAAGUUUUCUGUAACACGAUGUUUACUUAACAUUUAUGGAAGGAGUCUCCAGUGUCAGUGCUUUGUAACAGUGUUUUCGUUUCCACCGUGGGAAAGUUGAACAGAGGAGUUUGCACUGUCUGGUUUCUCGGCAUCAUGACAAGCUGUGUUUUUGUCUUAUUAAAAACAAAGAUGCCAGUGAGGGAAUGACUGUUUAUAUUAAUAACAAAUUGUUGUGCUAUGAAAGGAAUUAAACACUUUAGGGUAUGCUUUUAUUGGAAAAUCAUCAACUUUGGAGAUGGUAAUGGCAUCAUAGCACUCUGACCUUUUUUUUUUUUUUUUUUUUUUUUUUUUUUUUUUUUUUUUUAAAUAAUUCCUUACAAAGUGUGUGCGCUAUACAUUUAAACAGGCAUUGCUUGCUUUGGUAAAUUUGUCUGUAAUUCUUUCUCUGUCUCAUAUUGUGCUUUGGCCCCAAGUGUUGUAAUAAAACAAUAAAGAAAAACUGGUAGAUAAAUAAAAUGUGCUAUGAAUAUUCAGUUCUGGAUUGUGGAUGAUGCUUCUUUGGUUCAUUUUAGUCCUUUGAUCCUGAUUCCUGAAUCCAAAUCCUAAUAACUGCAGCUGUAACACAAGUCAAAGCAACUGUGGAAACUAAUUCCUCAAAUAACUUGUGUAACAUUGUAUCCAGAAGCUGUCAAACAAAACACAUUCUUGUUGCCUUAUUUUUACUUCAUUGUAUUAUUUUGUCAUUUCCUUUGCUUCACGCAAAUGUAUGCCAUGCACAUCAAAUGUAAAUAUGAUAUUUUGCAUAUUGAAGUCUCAUUGAGACAGACUAAUAAAGUGAAUGUACAUAUUGAAUAUUAUUAACCACAUUAGUGAAUUAUUAACCACAAUUCCAAUAAUAUAAAAAAAGGAAAUGCAUCAAAUUCGGGUUUAUUAAUAUCUGAUGAGAUUUAAUAGAUAAUAGCUUUUUAUGUGCAUUAUUUUUUGUUUUUUGUUUUUUUUUGGUUGUGUAUUUCUGUAUUCCCACAGAAUACAGUACAGUUGUAAAAUGUUUUUUUGUUGUUGUUGAUUUAAAGAAUCUGUUUUAAAGAAAAAAAAUGUCUGUGAAUUUAAGGGAAAAUGAAAAUAUGAAAAUGUAACAAUAAAAAGUGCAAGAAUGAAAGUCAAAAUUUGCGUAUUAAGUGUAAAAUGUAUGAAGUGGGUUUGUUGUAAUGAUUUAUAAUCACACUAUCCAGUGUUACCCAGAAUAGAAAGGGUCCCUUUUGAGACUGGUUCCUCUUAAGGUUUCUUCCUCAUUUCCUUACCACUGUCUCCUUUGAGUUGCUCAUUGGGGAUCUAAAUCUACAUCUGGAUUAAUGUAAAGCUGCUUGUGACAAUGUCAAAGUACUAUACAAAUAAAAGGAAAGUGAAUUGAA